AUGGACUUAAAACCAAGGUAUUUAUAAAUUAGCCUCCAAUGAUACCAAGUUAUAUUACUUGGAGACCCAUAUGUAGGAAUAACAUCUUUUUAUAAUAGGUGCUCCAAGUAUGAAAAUAAAACUAAUAAUCACCAUAUUCUAGUUGGAGGUAGUGAUUGAGUAAUCUAUCAAAAAUAUUUUAAAUUUGAUGGCAAUGAUAUAUCAUUUUAUCGAUGACAAACGUGAGGAGAUAGGUUUGAUCCUUAUCAAAUCUAUUAUCAAAGCAGUGAUGUAGCCUUAAUUUUUUUUGAUCUAACUAACAAAUUUUCUUUUUUAAGUAUCAAGAAAUGAAUUGAAGAAGUGAAAGAGAAAGCCUGAAAACAAGUCAAAACGAUGAUAAUUGGUACUAAAUCAGAUUUAACAAACGAAAGAGUUGUAAGUUAUGAAGAGGGUAAAAGUUUAGCAGAUGAGAUCGGAAUUAUGUAUUUGGAAGUAUCUUCAAAAACGAAUAAAAAUAUUAAAAUUGCUUUCAAUAUCGCAGCAAAUUUGGUAAUGCAGAAAAAAUAA